AUGCGCCUCUUCCUCCUGCCCGUGUCGACACGGCGCACCCUCUUGUACGCACAGCGUCUCAACGGUGGCGCCGGCGCCACCAAGCCCGAAGCCAGCCUCGUUGACAAAACCACCGCCUGGGCCGCCAAGAAAUGGUCCCAGUGGGAGAAGAAGGAGUCGGGCUGGCAGCGCAAGGUGGUCGACUACGGCAACCACGCCUUUCGCCGCAUCCCCUACCAGGAAUGGGGGCUCAAGUCGGUGCCGGCCCGCCGCCGUGACGACCAGCGCAACGGCACCAACAAGGUCGAGCUCGUUUUCCCCGGCAGGGCCUUUGGCGCGGACCAGGCCCCGGCCGUGGCGCUCAAGCUGGCGACGGAGAGGCUCGGGCUGCACCGCCAGAAGAUGAUGUGGUGCUUUGUCGGCAUGCCGAUUACCGCGCCCCUUGCCCUGAUUCCCAUAAUCCCCAAUAUCCCCUUCUUCUACCUCGUAUAUCGCGCCUGGUCCCACUGGCGCGCCAUUGCCGGUGGCCGACACCUCCAAUGGCUCGUCGAGAACAAUCCAGACACCCCCGCGGGCCGAGAAACGAUGCUCCUCACGCAGAAGCAAGUCCGCAGCUUCUCCGAGACUCUCAAUGUCCCGGAGCUCGAAAUCGAGCUAGAGCGAGCCAUCUGGCAGGUCGAGAGGGAUCUGGAAGCUGACCGGCCGAGCCCCGAGGCGCACGCCGAGACGAGACAGGAGGGAGAAGGGACCGAGCCACAAGAACCGGCAAGAGGAAAGAAAGCUCUGACUCCCGAGAAGGAGAAGCAAUGA